AUGGCAGCAAGAACUCUACGCAUAGGCCUCAUCCCCGGUGAUGGCAUUGGCAAAGAAGUCAUCCCCGCCGGCCGUCGCAUCCUCGAAGCUCUCCCCGCGUCCCUCAAGCUCAAAUUCGAAUUCGUAGACCUCAAAGCAGGCUUCGAAACAUUCGAGACAACCGGUGCUGCUCUCCCGGAUAAGACUGUCGAAAUUCUCAGGAACGAAUGCGAUGGUGCACUCUUUGGCGCCGUUUCCUCUCCUUCGAAAGCUGUGAAAGGCUACUCUUCCCCUAUCGUCGCCUUACGCAAACGCCUUGAUCUGUAUGCCAAUGUGCGACCGGUCAAGAGCGUCAUGACGGCGAGGAACCCGAUUGAUAUGGUGAUCGUACGGGAGAAUACGGAGGAUUUGUAUGUCAAGGAGGAGAAGACUUAUGAUACGCCCGAGGGCAAGGUCGCGGAGGCUAUCAAGAGGAUCAGCGAGAAGGCUUCUUUCAGAAUUGCCACAAUGGCUGGUGAGAUUGCACUCAGGAGGCAGAAGAUUAGGGAUGCGGGUACGCAAAGUAUUCACAAGAGCCCGCUGGUAACGAUUACGCACAAGUCGAAUGUGUUGAGUCAAACGGAUGGGCUGUUUAGGUCUACGGCGAGAGAGGCGCUGGCUGCAGCGAAGUUCGGGAGUGUUGGUGUUGAGGAGCAGAUUGUGGAUUCUAUGGUUUACAAGCUUUUCCGUCAACCAGAGACGUACGAUGUUAUCGUUGCGCCGAACUUGUACGGAGACAUUCUGUCUGAUGGAGCUGCCGCCCUUGUUGGAUCUCUAGGUCUUGUCCCGAGUGCCAAUGUUGGAGAAGGGUUUGCAAUUGGAGAGCCAUGUCAUGGUAGCGCACCGGAUAUCAUGGGUCAGAAUAUUGCCAACCCCAUUGCGACGUUGAGAAGUGUGGCUCUGAUGCUGGAAUUCUUGAAUGAAGAGACUGCUGCUGCCAAGAUCUACGCUGCUGUUGAUGGGAAUUUGGAGGAGGGAAAGCUUCUGAGUCCAGAUUUGGGAGGGACCGCCAAGACUACUGAGGUGGUUGCAGAUAUCCUGAGACGUUUAUAG